AGACGGCAAGCAUGGAAAUUUGCAAUCGGCACCAAACCAAUGUUUCCCCGUGAGUAUAAUGGUUUUAUCAUUUACGUGAUAAAAUGUCUUAAGUACACAUAGGGCCAUGACUGUUUACAUCUCGUGAACACCGUCCAUAGCAAACAUAUGAAUGAUAAUGAGUGUAAAAGAACAAUAAUAUAAAAAGUCAUGAAUACAAUGACCGGCUCCAUAUCCUUCCAGUGAACCAGUAUGGUAGGAAGUGGCAAGACCUCAGUUGCUGCCCGUGUGCAGGAUCAGCCGAGCCGAUGGGGCAUUGUUGUCGUCGUUGCCGCCCACAUGAGCCUGGCGCUGAUUGCAUUUUGUCAGAGCUCUGGCAGUGUCUUCUAUCUGAGCUGGAGGAGCGAAUUUGACACGAACGCCAAGGAGACUGCGGCCAUCUCCAGUAUCAUGACCUGUGUCUGCAGCUUCAGUAUGUUUGUUGGCGGUGUUAUGAUCCAACGCUGUGGUUGCAAGCUGGUCGGUAUUAUCGGGGGAGUGUUGACAACGCUUGGUAUGUUAGGCAGCGUCUGGGUGCAAAACAUCUCCCAGUUGUACCUCACAGCCGUUGUAACAGGCGUUGGUCUUGGAAUGGCUAAGAACACUGCGUUGGUCGCUGUUGCUCUACACUUCAAGAACGGGUACACUACAGCCAACGCCCUGGCGUGCUCUGGCAGUGGUACAGGGAAAAUGGCAGCGCCGCCAUUAAUCCAGAUUCUCCUUGACUAUUUUGGCUUAAGAGGGGCGUUGCUAGUUACCUCCGCAAUUGUGGCAAACAUGGUAGUAUUCGGCACACUCUUUCGGAAACCUCGAACAGAUCGGAAAUCAGGACUGGAUCACAGAUCAAUUGAUAAACUCACAGAGAGGACAGACGUGGAUUUUCAAAUCGUACACGCAAAUGAUGCAGUUGAGAUGGCUUUGGAAAGCGAAAGUUCGUCGGACGAUUCAGAUGCUACAAUGAACCAUUCGGAGACACACACAAAUAUAGAAGAAGGCCAAUCAAAUGUCUCAUCUACUACUCACAAUACCAGCUUCCGUGCAUGGAAAUUGAAACUCAAUCCCAUUCGGAAAAUGUGGUCGGGACUGGGACUCGGCGUUUUUCGGAAGAGCUACCGCUUUAGCAUGCUGUGUCUUCUAGCAUUCAUAUCCGCGAUUCCUUAUUAUGGAGCCGGUCUGUUCAUCAUUCCUCGCGCGGAGAGUAUCGGCGUGGCGCUUUCUAGUGCCGCCUUUUUGCUCAGUCUGAACGGCAUCGGUAGCUUGCUGGGUCGUCUUGUCAACGGGCUGCUCAUUAGUUACAACUUGUCCGCUGAGAUCGUCUGCUCCAUCUGUGCGGCUGGGGCCGGUGCCUCAGUACUCCUCCUCAACGCUGAUAACUACGUUUGUUUGUCUGUCGCUUCCUUCCUCCUGGGCCUGUUUACUGGUGUCUUUUACGCGGUUGCAAUUGUCCUGAUACGACGCUAUGUUGGUUGCAGACGAUUUUCCGUGUGUCUAGGUAUCUACUAUAUCUGUGUUGGCCUUGGAGGACUGUUUGGACCAGUAGCGGCAGGUUGGGUGUUUGAUAUUUCAAACAGCUACAAGACGGUGUUCUACGCGUUGGCAGGUGUUGACUUCAUCUGCUGCAUUCUGAUGUUUCUCUUUCCUGUACUGAAGCGAGUCGAGCCAGGCAUUAAGGAUCAUCAAACCAAUGAAGUGAACUAACUGAUGGAGUGCUAAAGCAUAAUCAAUUAAGACUUUUUUAUGCGAGAUCUAUAUACAUGUACCUGAAGGUCAAUGUGUUUGUCAAGUCUGUCUCUAAAAAUACCUCAAGACUACAGAACUGCAUAUUCACAUUUUUGGUAAACUUGAACUGGAAAACGAAAUGUAAUGUGAUUACGAAUUGUAGUAAUAGAAACAAAACGAAUAACACAAGCCAACGAGAAACAUCUUACUCAAAUAUUAUUAACAAAUCAUUCCAACUCUGACCAUUAAAUGACCAUUUAAGCUGGUCAUACUUUAGGCAUAUUUCUAGAACUUUUGGAAAAAAAGUUUCAAGCGUCCUCUUAGCUUAUCAGAAUUCAUGACAUUUGAAAAAAUACAUUUGUAAUAACGUCAACCUGUGCACAAAAUACGGUUAGAGCCACCUUGGUUAGGGGGUAGGCCUAUUUGUACAGUAUUCUGUAAUAAUUAUAGCGUUUAUAAUCGUCGGAUUUGAACAGCGCCCCCAUUGAAAGUAUGGCACGAGCCUCCCCCCACCUAUUGAUUUCGAAGGCCAAGUGUCCAGAGCA